CCGCGGGGCCGCGGCUGAGGAACGCGGGCCACCCACCCGCUCCGGGCGCCGCGGACUCCGCACCGGGUUUUGGCGCCUCCCGCGGACGCCCCCCUCCUCUCGGCGAGCGCCUCCACGUCAUGGUCGCAGCGCGCAGCGAGCGCCCUGAUUCUUCCGCUUGGACGCUCAGGACGGCAACCCGCUGCCCACCAGACUCGGUCCCAGAACCCCAGUCUCAGCAGGAGGACAUUUUGGGACGGGACUUGGGUGACUCUAGGGCACUGGUUUUCUUUCCAGAGACCGGAACGGGCGAGCAAAAGUAGUCCCUUCUCGGCGAUUCUGCGGAGGGAUUUCCUUGGGGCGGUGAACGCCGAUGACUAUAUAAGGACGCGCCGGGCGUGGCGCAGCUAGUUCCGUCGCAGCCUGGGAGUUGGAGCGGAGUUCUUGUUUGUGCGUCGGUGUCAUCUCCACUUGACAAUGCAGAUCUUCGUGAAGACUCUGACUGGCAAGACCAUCACCCUUGAGGUUGAGCCCAGUGACACCAUUGAGAAUGUCAAGGCAAAGAUCCAAGAUAAGGAGGGCAUCCCUCCUGACCAGCAGAGGCUGAUCUUUGCCGGAAAGCAGCUGGAAGAUGGACGCACCCUGUCUGACUACAACAUCCAGAAAGAGUCCACCUUGCACCUGGUGCUCCGUCUCAGAGGUGGGAUGCAGAUCUUCGUGAAGACCCUGACUGGCAAGACCAUCACCCUCGAGGUCGAGCCCAGUGACACCAUCGAGAAUGUCAAGGCAAAGAUCCAGGAUAAGGAAGGCAUUCCUCCUGACCAGCAGAGGUUGAUCUUUGCUGGAAAGCAGCUGGAAGAUGGGCGCACCCUGUCUGACUACAACAUCCAGAAAGAGUCCACCCUGCACCUGGUGCUCCGCCUCAGAGGUGGGAUGCAGAUCUUCGUGAAGACCCUGACUGGCAAGACCAUCACCCUCGAGGUCGAGCCCAGUGACACCAUUGAGAAUGUCAAGGCAAAGAUCCAGGACAAGGAAGGCAUUCCUCCUGACCAGCAGAGGUUGAUCUUUGCUGGAAAGCAGCUGGAAGAUGGGCGCACCCUGUCUGACUACAACAUCCAGAAGGAGUCCACCCUGCACCUGGUGCUCCGUCUCAGAGGUGGGAUGCAGAUCUUCGUGAAGACCCUGACUGGCAAGACCAUCACCCUCGAGGUCGAGCCCAGUGACACCAUUGAGAAUGUCAAGGCAAAGAUCCAGGACAAGGAAGGCAUCCCUCCUGACCAGCAGAGGUUGAUCUUUGCUGGGAAACAGCUGGAGGAUGGACGCACCCUGUCUGACUACAACAUCCAGAAAGAGUCCACCUUGCACCUGGUGCUCCGCCUCAGAGGUGGGAUGCAGAUCUUCGUGAAGACCCUGACUGGCAAGACCAUCACCCUCGAGGUCGAGCCCAGCGACACCAUUGAGAAUGUCAAGGCAAAGAUCCAGGACAAGGAGGGCAUCCCUCCUGACCAGCAGAGGUUGAUCUUUGCUGGAAAGCAGCUGGAAGAUGGGCGCACCCUGUCUGACUACAACAUCCAGAAAGAGUCCACCCUGCACCUGGUGCUCCGCCUCAGAGGUGGGAUGCAGAUCUUCGUGAAGACCCUGACUGGCAAGACCAUCACCCUCGAGGUCGAGCCCAGUGACACCAUUGAGAAUGUCAAGGCAAAGAUCCAAGACAAGGAGGGCAUCCCUCCUGACCAGCAGAGGUUGAUCUUUGCUGGAAAGCAGCUGGAAGAUGGGCGCACCCUGUCUGACUACAACAUCCAGAAAGAGUCCACCCUGCACCUGGUGCUCCGUCUCAGAGGUGGGAUGCAGAUCUUCGUGAAGACCCUGACUGGCAAGACCAUCACCCUCGAGGUCGAGCCCAGCGACACCAUUGAGAAUGUCAAGGCAAAGAUCCAGGACAAGGAGGGCAUCCCUCCUGACCAGCAGAGGUUGAUCUUUGCUGGAAAGCAGCUGGAAGAUGGGCGCACCCUGUCUGACUACAACAUCCAGAAAGAGUCCACCCUGCACCUGGUGCUCCGUCUCAGAGGUGGGAUGCAGAUCUUCGUGAAGACCCUGACUGGCAAGACCAUCACCCUCGAGGUCGAGCCCAGCGACACCAUUGAGAAUGUCAAGGCAAAGAUCCAAGAUAAGGAAGGCAUCCCUCCUGACCAGCAGAGGUUGAUCUUUGCUGGGAAACAGCUGGAAGAUGGACGCACCCUGUCUGACUACAACAUCCAGAAAGAGUCCACUCUGCACUUGGUCCUGCGCUUGAGGGGGGGUGUCUAAGUUUCCCCUUUUAAGGUUUCAACAAAUUUCAUUGCACUUUUCUUUCAAUAAAGUUGUUGCAUUCCCAA